GACAAUCCAGAUGAACAAGCAGCCCAGAUCAGACGAGAGCUGGACGGACGUCUCCAAAUGGCAGACCAAAUAGCCAGGGAACGCAAAUUUCCCAAGUUUGUAUCCAAAGAAAUGGAAAACAUGUACAUUGAGGAGCUGAAGUCAUCUGUCAACCUGCUAAUGGCCAACUUGGAGAGCAUGCCAGUGUCCAAAGGCGGGGAGUUCAAGCUGCAGAAACUCAAACGCAGCCACAAUGCUUCCAUCAUCGACAUGGGUGAGGAGAGUGAGAACCAGCUCUCCAAGUCAGACGUCGUGCUGUCUUUCUCCUUGGAGGUGGUGAUCAUGGAAGUCCAAGGCCUCAAAUCCUUGGCUCCAAACCGCAUUGUAUAUUGCACAAUGGAGGUGGAAGGAGGAGAGAAACUACAGACUGACCAGGCCGAGGCUUCUAAACCAACCUGGGGCACCCAGGGCGACUUCUCUACAACCCACGCACUGCCUGCUGUGAAGGUGAAGCUGUUCACAGAGAGCACAGGUGUCCUGGCCUUGGAAGACAAGGAGCUUGGGCGGGUUAUUCUCCAUCCCACCCCAAACAGCCCCAAACAGUCAGAGUGGCACAAAAUGGCAGUCUCCAAAAACUGCCCUGAUCAAGACCUCAAAAUCAAACUUGCUGUCCGAAUGGAUAAGCCUCAAAACAUGAAGCAUUCUGGGUAUUUAUGGGCCAUCGGUAAGAAUGUCUGGAAGAGAUGGAAGAAGAGGUUUUUUGUAUUGGUGCAGGUCAGUCAGUACACAUUUGCCAUGUGCAGUUAUCGGGAGAAGAAAGCGGAGCCUCAGGAACUUCUACAACUGGAUGGCUACACUGUGGAUUACACAGACCCCCAGCCAGGAUUGGAGGGUGGCCGAGCCUUCUUCAAUGCAGUCAAGGAAGGAGACACCGUGAUAUUUGCAAGUGACGAUGAACAAGAUCGCAUCCUGUGGGUCCAGGCCAUGUAUCGGGCCACGGGGCAGUCACACAAGCCUGUGCCCCCGACCCAAGUCCAGAAACUUAACGCCAAGGGAGGGAAUGUGCCUCAACUAGAUGCCCCCAUCUCUCAAUUUUCUGGACUGAAGGACGCAGAUAGAGCUCAAAAACAUGGCAUGGAUGAAUUUAUCUCUUCCAACCCCUGUAACUUUGACCACGCUUCCCUCUUUGAGAUGGUACAACGCCUUACUUUGGAUCACAGACUUAAUGAUUCCUAUUCUUGCCUGGGCUGGUUCAGUCCUGGCCAGGUGUUUGUACUAGACGAGUAUUGUGCCCGAAAUGGAGUACGAGGGUGUCACCGACAUCUCUGCUACCUCAGAGACUUGCUUGAACGUGCAGAAAAUGGCGCCAUGAUUGACCCCACCCUUCUUCACUACAGCUUUGCCUUCUGUGCAUCCCACGUCCAUGGGAACAGUCAACAAAUGCAUGUGUACCUUAGUGGGCUGCCACCAAAUACAGACCCCGAAGGGAGCAAAGCUCCCUCCCCAUCUGAACCAGAGGCUAAAAAAGAUACCAGAAAGGAAUCCAAAAAGAGAAAAGAUUACAAAACCCAAGCAAACCAAGAACCCAAAAGGCCCGAUGGAAUAGGAACUGUGACUGUUGAAGAAAAGGAACGCUUUGAAGAAAUCAAAGAGAGACUUCGAGUUCUGUUGGAAAACCAGAUUACACAUUUUAGGUAUUGCUUUCCAUUUGGUCGACCUGAAGGUGCUUUAAAAGCUACUCUCUCACUCUUGGAAAGGGUUUUGAUGAAAGAUAUUGUUACCCCAGUGCCACAAGAGGAGGUAAAAGCAGUCAUCCGUAAAUGUCUGGAGCAGGCUGCUUUAGUCAACUAUUCUCGGCUCUCAGAAUAUGCCAAAAUCGAAGAGAAUCAGAAGGAUGCAGAAAAUGUAGGCCGAUUAAUCACUCCUGCCAAAAAGCUUGAAGACACAAUACGUCUUGCUGAACUAGUCAUUGAAGUUCUUCAACAAAAUGAGGAGCACCACGCAGAGGGGAAAGAGCCACAUGUUGAUAAAGGAGAAGCCUUUGCGUGGUGGUCAGACUUAAUGGUGGAGCACGCGGAGACGUUCCUGUCACUCUUUGCGGUGGACAUGGAUGCAGCCUUAGAGGUGCAACCCCCAGACACAUGGGACAGUUUUCCAUUGUUUCAGCUGCUGAAUGAUUUUCUCCGUACUGACUAUAAUUUAUGCAAUGGAAAAUUUCACAAACAUCUGCAAGACCUGUUUGCCCCACUUGUUGUUAGAUAUGUGGAUCUGAUGGAGUCCUCAAUUGCACAAUCCAUUCACAGGGGCUUUGAGCGGGAAUCAUGGGAACCAGUCAAGAGUUUAACCAGUAACCUACCCAAUGUGAACCUACCCAAUGUGAACCUUCCCAAAGUACCAAAUCUACCAGUUAACAUCCCUCUAGGCAUCCCACAAAUGCCUACUUUUUCGGCACCGUCAUGGAUGGCUGCUAUAUAUGAUGCGGAUAAUGGAUCAGGUACCUCAGAAGAUCUGUUCUGGAAACUUGAUGCCCUUCAGACCUUCAUUCGGGACUUGCACUGGCCCGAGGAAGAGUUUGGAAAGCACCUGGAACAACGGCUGAAGUUGAUGGCAAGUGACAUGAUUGAGUCUUGUGUCAAAAGAACCAGGAUUGCAUUUGAAGUUAAGCUGCAAAAAACCAGUCGAUCAACAGAUUUUCGAGUCCCACAGUCAAUAUGCACCAUGUUUAAUGUUAUGGUUGAUGCCAAAGCUCAAUCAACAAAACUUUGCAGCAUGGAAAUGGGCCAAGAGUUUGCUAAAGAGUGGCAUCAAUAUCAUUCAAAAAUAGAUGAACUAAUUGAAGAAACUGUUAAAGAAAUGAUAACACUCUUGGUUGCAAAGUUCGUUACUAUCUUGGAAGGUGUCCUGGCAAAAUUAUCCAGAUAUGAUGAAGGAACUUUGUUUUCUUCUUUUCUGUCAUUUACCGUGAAGGCAGCUUCCAAAUAUGUGGAUGUCCCUAAACCCGGGAUGGACGUGGCCGAUGCCUACGUGACUUUCGUCCGCCAUUCUCAGGAUGUCCUGCGUGAUAAGGUCAAUGAGGAGAUGUAUAUAGAAAGGUUAUUUGAUCAAUGGUACAACAGCUCCAUGAACGUGAUCUGCACCUGGUUAACAGACCGGAUGGACUUACAGCUUCACAUUUAUCAGUUGAAAACACUAAUUAGGAUGGUAAAGAAAACCUAUAGAGAUUUCCGAUUGCAAGGAGUCCUGGACUCCACCUUAAACAGCAAGACCUAUGAGACCAUCCGGAACCGUCUCACUGUGGAGGAGGCCACAGCAUCAGUGAGCGAAGGUGGGGGCCUCCAGGGGAUCAGCAUGAAGGACAGCGAUGAGGAAGAUGAAGAAGAUGAUUAGACCAUUCGGUCCCAGGGUCCACUGGGACAGAGUCCUGUAAUCAGUGCAUGUCCUUAGUCUGUUAGUUAACCCCAUUAGGGAAUUUUCUGUCAACUACCAUGCCCAUGAGAUGUUUCCCAAUACAAUUGCCAUUUUAGCUAUGUGGUACCAAGAUUAGCAAAUGACCUUCAAAUCUACUGAUUUCCUGAUUUCCAUGUCUAUAUGUUUACAAUCAAUAUGGAGCACCAUUCUUUAAAUACUGUUCAUGGAGAAUACAUAAUCCAACUGCUAGGCGUAUCCCUGUUAUCAGCAAAGAUAAACGAUGCUUCACUCAUGUACUGUGUAUGCAUUGAUGGUAAAUGGAUGUGAGGGCGAGUAUACCAAGUAGGAUCACAUCUUUGUUUCACGUAUGUGGAUGCCAGUUAUUUAAAUGAGCACAUAAAUUAAUAUUUAAUUAAAACACAUAGAUCUGCUUUGUUUUUUGAAAAACAAAAGGCAAGUUCCCAGCAACCAACUUUGGAUUCUUUCUGUUCCCAUAAAACUAAAAAAUGAACCCCUUGUGUCUUUGUUAACCCAUCCUUUCAUUUAUUCAUAUAAUUAGCCAAAAAAGGAUGGCUACAUACCAAUGGAUUGAUUCUCUUAAUUGCCACAGCAAGGGGACGAUCCUAUCAUGACUUAGCAUCAAGCACAGUUCAGAACAACUGUCUCCUGUCAAAGGUUAUCCUCUCAAAUGUCACAUUUUGCUUUUAUGUUUCAAUAACUGUGUAUGUAAAAAACAAAUAUUUAAAUUACAAUCUUAGACUAAAAAUGUGUUUAUAAUAAGAUAUGGAUAUUUCCUUCAGUAGAUUGUAACCAUAAUUUAAAUUAUUUUGUUCCACACUGUUUUUUAUAUCUGUCAUGUACAUUGCAUUUUGACCUGUAACUGCACGACCCUGGGGUUCGCUGCAGAGCUGUUUCUUUCCGUGUAAAGUAGUGGAUCCAUCUUGCUUUUGCCUUAUAUAAAGCCUACAGUUAUGAAAGUGUGGGAAACUGUGGCUUCUCAAUAAAUAACUAUUCCAUUGUCCUAAGAAUA